AUUCGUGGGUCUAGAAGAUUUGACGAUUCGUGGGUCAUUCCGAAGGUCGAUUGGGCCGCUCUGGAUAGAUGGAACUGGAGAGUCCUACUGGGGUGCCUAUUCCAACCUCACUAGACUGCAACUAAUCGAUUGUGGUAACGUAUACCCACCUCAAAUCGCAGAGCUCAUUUGCCACUUCCCUUCCCUCGAGUACUUUCUGAUAUCCGCUUGCGGGCACGGCCCGUCCCGGCCACAUGGUCGAGAGAAGGGAUGGAGCUCUCAACCAAGUGGAUGGUGGAAUCAACGGAAACCACUGACACUGAUGCAUAUUGAACAUAUGCUGGCUUGGGAGAUGCUAGUUAUGGGGACGAUUCCUGCACUGGAGAUCAGGACUGUCAGUCUUUACACUGGUGAUCUCGCAAGAACAUUCAUGGACGAUAACGAGGUGUUUCCACAUCUAAAGCUACUUCGGGCUGAAUGUUUGGAGGGCAAAAGAUUUGGUGGACGCGGGAGCUUGGAAAAUGAACGCAGCUCAGAGACAGAUUUGAAGGUG